CCCUGCCCCGCGCCCUGCCCCGCGCCCUGCCCCGCGCGAGCACACCCCGAGCCGGGCACCAUGGCGGGCAUCGCGGCCAAGCUGCUGAAGGACCGCGAGGCUGCCGAGGGGCUGGGCUCGCACGAGCGGGCCAUCAAGUACCUCAACCAGGACUACGAGCAGCUGCGGGACGAGUGCCUGGAAGCGGGGACGCUGUUCCAGGACCCCUCCUUCCCGGCCGUCCCGUCGGCCCUGGGCUUCAAGGAGCUGGGGCCGCACUCCAGCAAGACCCGCGGCAUCGAGUGGAAGCGGCCCACGGAGAUCUGCGAGGACCCCCAGUUCAUCCUCGGAGGAGCCACCCGAACCGACAUCUGCCAGGGAGCCCUGGGUGACUGCUGGCUGCUGGCCGCCAUCGCCUCUCUCACCCUGAAUGAAGAGGUGCUGGCUCGAGUCGUGCCCCCCAACCAGAGCUUCCAGGAGAACUAUGCAGGGAUCUUCCAUUUCCAGUUCUGGCAGUACGGCGAGUGGGUGGACGUGGUGGUGGACGACAGGCUGCCCACCAAGGACGGGGAGCUGCUGUUCGUGCACUCGGCCGAGGGGAGUGAGUUCUGGAGCGCCCUGCUGGAGAAGGCGUACGCCAAGAUCAACGGGUGCUACGAAGCCCUUUCUGGGGGGGCCACCACCGAGGGCUUCGAGGACUUCACAGGCGGCAUCGCAGAGUGGUACGAGCUGAACAAGGCCCCACCCAACCUGUUCCGGAUCAUCCAGAAGGCCCUGCAGAAAGGGUCCCUCCUGGGCUGCUCCAUCGACAUCACCAGCGCGGCCGACUCGGAGGCGGUCACCUUCCAGAAGCUGGUGAAGGGCCACGCAUACUCCGUCACUGGAGCCGAGGAGGUGGACAGCCGAGGGAGCCUGCAGAAGCUGAUCCGCAUCCGCAACCCCUGGGGCGAGGUGGAGUGGACUGGGAAGUGGAGUGACAACUGCCCCAACUGGAACACUAUCGACCCAGAGGUUCGGGAGAGGCUGACCAUGCGUCAGGAAGACGGGGAGUUCUGGAUGUCCUUCGGCGACUUCCUGAGGCACUACUCCCGCCUGGAGAUCUGCAACCUCACCCCCGACACGCUCACCAGCGAGUCCUACAAGAAGUGGAAACUCACCAAGAUGGACGGCAGCUGGCGGCGGGGCUCCACCGCGGGCGGCUGCAGGAACUUCCCGAACACGUUUUGGAUGAACCCCCAGUACCUCAUCAAGCUGGAGGAGGAGGACGAGGACCAGGAGGACGGGGAGAGCGGCUGCACCUUCCUGGUGGGCCUCAUCCAGAAGCACCGGCGGCGCCAGCGGAAGAUGGGCGAGGACAUGCACACCAUCGGCUUCGGCAUCUACGAGGUCCCCGAGGAGCUGAUGGGACAGACCAACAUCCACCUCAGCAAAAAAUUCUUCCUGACCAACAGAGCGAGGGAGCGGUCGGACACCUUCAUCAACCUGCGGGAGGUGCUCAACCGCUUCAAGCUGCCCCCCGGGGAGUACAUCGUGGUGCCGUCCACCUUCGAGCCCAACAAGGACGGGGACUUCUGCAUCCGGGUCUUCUCGGAGAAGAAGGCGGACUACCAAGUUGUGGAUGAUGAAAUCGAUGCCAACAUUGAAGAGAUUGAGGUCAGCGAAGACGACAUCGAUGAUGGAUUCAGGAGGCUCUUUACCCAACUGGCCGGGGAGGACGCAGAGAUUUCUGCCUUUGAGCUGCAGACCAUCCUGAAAAGAGUCCUGGCAAAGCGCCAAGACAUCAAGUCGCAUGGCUUCAGCAUCGAGACCUGCAAGAUCAUGGUGGACAUGCUGGACGAGGACGGCAGCGGGAAGCUGGGGCUGAAGGAGUUCUACAUCCUCUGGACCAAGAUUCAGAAAUACCAAAAAAUUUAUCGGGAAAUCGAUGUGGAUAACUCCGGGACCAUGAACUCCUACGAGAUGCGGAAGGCGCUGGAGGAAGCAGGUUUCAAGCUGCCCAAUCAGCUGCACCAGGUCAUCGUGGCCCGCUUUGCAGAUGACGAUCUCAUCAUUGACUUCGACAGUUACGUCCGGUGCUUGGUCCGACUGGAAACCCUGUUCAAGAUAUUUAAGCAGCUGGACCCCGAGAACACUGGAACCAUCGAGCUCAACCUUAUCUCUUGGCUGUGUUUCUCUGUACUUUGAAGUUAUCAUUAAUCUCCCCGAAGACUUCCGGACAAGGAAACCCAGCUAUGGACUCAGCUUCCACAGAGAAUUAUUUUUUAUUUUAACCUGGGCCUUGAACUUGAGGGAACAUUUACUUAAACUGAUAUAAUACUAUUUGAGAUAGAACUUCCAGUUAUCCAAGGGCUGCAUAUCACUAUACUGAACCCGCGCCAGGCACUUAAUCUUCCUUAAGUUCAAAAGGAAGCUUGAAAUCUCUUUAGAUAUUUCUGACUUCCUCACACACGCCUGUCUGUAGCCAUGUUACAUCAGAAAAAUAAUGCAGAGUUAUUUAGCAGCUGAGCAAACAUUAAAUCCUCCUCAGGACAACAGGGGUCUUUUUUCCUCUGGGAAUAUUUAAAGCAAUUUUGAGUCUGAAACCGCAACCGUGGUACUGACUCCACAGCAAUAAAGGCAAAUAGGCCCUGCAGCCAAAUCCAAGUUCUGCCGCCUUGCAGAGAGACCUGGCAAGGCACCUCAGAAGUCAGGGAAGAAGCAGACGCCGGGCACUGGGCAGCCAGACAGGCUAGGAAGCUGGUAACCGGGAUCCAUUCCCAUUCAAGGGCGAGGAAUUGGCUGGACUUAGAUCCCCAGAGUUACCGGUACCGAGGGAACUCUGCUCUUGACCGCUGAAGCAUUCUGCUCAGCUCAGACGGCUGAUGUGCAAACCCACUCUCAGGAAAGACAAAACGAUGUUGCCCGCAUGCAACCCUCCAGACCUAUGUAUACAUAUCACCUCUAGGGAAUGUGCAUGGGGUGAGGAGAUGGUGCCUGGGAUGAGGAGAUGGAGUGUGAGGGACACUGAGGGGACCCGAUGAAAAUGACACGAGCUUGUCUACUGGUUUCCCUGGGGAAAAUGCUAGCGAUGUUGUUGAACUGUUGCCUUAUCUUCUUCUACACAUACUGUUCAAUAAAGAUGCCUGGCCGAACGCACGUGCUGGCUGUUGUCCCCAGCACAGGUGUCAUGGCCCGUCUCCCACAAGUGUGCUCUGUCACAUC